CCUACAAGAAACAGAAGUUAAACAGAAAGAUGCACAUGGAUUUAAAGUAAAAGAAUGGUAAAAGAUAAACAAUGCUCACACUACCCAAAGAAAGCUAGAAUUAAGUAAUAUCAGACGAAAUAGAUUUCAGAGCAACAAAUAUUAGGGACAAAGGAAAUCAUUUCAAAACAAUAAAGAGAUCAAUUCUUUAGGAGGACAAAACAACCCUAAAUAUGUAUGCACCUAAUAACAGCCCGAAAAUGCAGGAAACAAAAACCAACAGAACCUCAAAUCCACAAUCACAGCCAUAGAUUUCAGAACAAGGAGACAAAAUCUGCAAAGAUAUAGGAGAUUCAACACCACUGUCAACCAGCCUGACCUGAUCGACACCCCACAUCGACAGUGAAUGCGCAUUCUUUCUGGGUGAACACAGUCAUUUACCAAUGUAGACCCACAUUGUAGGUCAAAAUAAAUCUCAAAUUUUAAAAGAUUCAAAGUUACACAAAGCAUAUUUUCUGAUCACAAUGAAGUUAAAACGGAAAUCGAUAACAGAGAAAUAUCUCUGGAAAAUCUCCAAAUAUUUGGAAAUUAAAUAACACACGUCCAGAUAACCCAUGGUCUGUGGAUAUAAUGGAGACGACCCCCUGGACCUGCCUCACAAUCAUGCUGAGCAGGAGCUGGAGACAAGAGGGGAUGCCCUGUGGUCCCAUUUACCUCACAUUCAGAAAAACAAAACUGAUGUACAAAGAAAAGAGGCCAAACAGUGGCUGCCUCGAAGUGGGGGACCAGGGGUCAUCCGGGAAGAGGCGGCUGGGGGGUUCUGAAGUGAAAGGAUUUUGUGUCUUGAGGAGGUGUCAGCUCCGUGCCAUGUGCAUUUGUCAAAACUCAUCAGACCUAACAGCAAGGUCUGUGCACUUUACUGUGUAAAUCACAUCAAUAAGGAAACUCAGGAAGAAUGUGAAAGAAGUCCUGCAAAUCCUAAGGAAAAGAGUGGGCCAUGGGGGAAGACACACAGGCAGCCCAGAGAAGCAGAGACCACGUGGAUUCCAACAGAUUAGAGAAGAGGAAAAGCAAAUGCACCGCAGGAGGCCUGCUUUUACCCGCUAGAUGGGCAAAGACUGAGAAUCCCCACAGCUCCCGCUGGGAUGACGCGGCUGAACGGUGGGAGUGUAAACGGUGGAGCCGCUUUGGGGAAAGAACUGGGCAUUUUCUUGUCGAGUUCAACCCGACAUUCCUGAGCCUAGAGGUGGCUCCAAGAGGAACGCUGGCCAGCACCCAGAACGAACCAGGAAGUGUGAGGUGGUCGCUCCAGGGAACGUGACACAGGGUCAGAAUAAACGCAGCCAGCUGCGGGGAGCAAGCGUCACAGUAACACAAAGGAGACCCAGAAGACGGCUCAGAGCAGACGCCUCUGCCGCAAGGUCUGAAACAGCCGCGCUGAGCAGCCCUUGUCUACGCUUAAAACGCUGUGAGCAGCAGGGAGCCCGCGGGCGGUCCUCUGAGCGGCGGGCCGGAGAGGGAAGGAGCUGAGGGCAUUCGUCAGCGAUCCUCUUGGGCUGAGGGGAGGUUUACAAGUGUUCAGCACGUCAUUUUAUAACUGAAUGGAUAAUAAACGCCGUCCAUGGAAAGACACAGAAUGAAGCGGGAGGGCCACGAAGCUACCGAGCAGCAUUCACCCCCCCGCCCCACCCCGCCCCUGGACCCCAGAGGAGGGGCUUUGAGGCCCGGAGGGGCCAGCGCUCCCGGAGGGCCGGUGACAGGCAGCGCGCUGUUUGUGGCUGAGGAGACAGUGGGGAGCCCCAGAGCGGGGCGCCGGCGACACCUUCCCUCCACGGACCCUGCAGUGCGCCUCCACCAAGUGCUCUGAGCCCCGCGGGGGUGACAGUUUGCGAUUAGAGCCCUCCAGACUCGGAGCAGAAGACGGGGGUGGGGACAAGGCCACUAACGAGCCCGAUAAAAGCCACCUGGGUCCAGAGGCAGCGGGACCCUGCGAGACGCGCCGUGCUCCCCACAGACCCCGGCUCAGAGAGAUGCAGAGACCGGCCGAGGCCUCACACCUUCUGCGAGGGGAGGUUCGGCUCCCCGGACCUGAGUCUUGAGGCAAAGGACCUGGGGAGGCCACGAGGACCGCACUUUCGGGGGGCUGCCAAAACCCGUCGCCAGGCUGGGCGGCACAGACGCCGGGUACGGGCUCCCGAGCCCUCAGCCCGCGCCCUCAGCUGGGGAUCCAAGCUGGCCACCGACCGAGGCUCUGCACACCCUUCGCAGGCCCAGCCUCCUCCUCUGCGUUGCUGACAGGUCUCGCUUCACCAGGGACUUGGGGGACGGGCCUCAGUGCCCUGCGCACCCCGGCCUGUGCCCCACCAGCUCUGAGCAUCCCCGCAGCCCCCUCCCCGCAGGGCUGAGCGCGUCUCAGGCCGCGGGGUCUCCGGAGCCCCGGCUCACCCAGCGAGUUCCCCUCCCGGGUGAGCCCGGAGCAGCCGUCAGCUCAGCCCGGCGCCGCCAGAGGAGGGGCCAAAUCCCAGUCGACCGGACGAACCACUCCGUCCACGGGGAUCUCCCUCCGCCUGCAGCGCGACCCCUGCCGCGCUCCGCAGACCCGACGGCGGCGUGAGGGGAGGCCCUGAGGCUCCACCGCCUCUAGGAGGGGCGGGAGAGCCCGAGGAGCCCCGGAUCCGUCUGCGCGGAGCCCUGGCCCAGCCCACCCCCUCCUGAGACCCGCCACCCCUCAGACACCCAACUCCAGGGAUGUCCUGGCAUGAGAGUCCAAACAGCGCGGCCCCUCAGAGGCUCUGCGUAGACCGCUGCCGCCCAUCCGCCAAAGGCCACUUUGCUGCUCAGAAAACACAGGCAAAGACCAAGGCUGGAUCUCGGCCAGGUCCACGUGGGGACAUAAAAAGGCGGGGAUGAGCUUCCGCCCCCUCUGCAGACCCCUGGCCCACGCUUUGCUCACCCCUGGACAGCUGACAGAAGUGGUGUCCUUCCCGAGGGGUGAGAGGCCCUGGCCAGAGAGCAGCUGGAGGAGCAGAACCCUGGGGGCCCACAGGGGGUGCCCACAAGUGACCUCUCUGCCAGGGAGGGCCAUGAGCAACUCCACUGAGACCUUGGUGACGGAGUUCAUUCUGCUGGGCUUCCUGGAGCUGUGCCACCUGCGAGGGCUGCUGUUCGGGUCAUUCCUCAUCGUCUACGUGGUGACCGUCCUGGAGAACCUGGUCAUCGUGGUGACAGUCCGAGCCAGCCGCCAACUGCACACGCCCAUGUACUUCUUCCUGGCCAACCUGUCAGUGCUGGAGACCGUCUACACCUCAGUCACCGUCCCCAAGUUGCUGGCUGGCCUCCUGGCAUGGGCAAGGACCAUCUCCUUCUCAGGAUGCCUGACCCAGCUGUUCCUCUUCCUCUCACUCGGCUCCUCUGAGUGCUUCCUCCUGGCCACUAUGGCCUGUGACCGGUACCUGGCCAUCUGUCGCCCGCUGCACUACCCAGCCAUCAUGGACUCAAGGCUGUGCCUGCACCUGGCCCUCACUGCCUGGCUGGGCGGCUUCCUGGCCUCCUUUGUGUCCACGGCUCUCAUCUCCCGCCUCAGGUUCUGUGGCCCCAACGUCCUCAACCACUUCUUCUGUGACAUCUCGCCCCUGCUGCAGCUCUCCUGCUCCGACACCACCGCCAUCGAAGUCGUGGACUUCGCAGCAGCCCUGGCUGUGCUCUCAACCUCCCUGCUGGUGACCAUGGUGUCCUAUGGCUACAUCCUGGCCACAGUGCUGAGGAUCCCCGGGGCGGCCGGCCGCAGGAAGGCCUUCUCCACCUGUGCCUCCCACCUGGUGGUGGUGGCCAUCUUCUACACCACCACCAUCUUCAUGUACGCCCGCCCUCACGCCAUCAGCUCCUUCGACCUCAACAAGCUGGUGUCCGUGAUCUACUCGGUUGUGACCCCCCUGCUCAACCCCAUCAUCUACUGCCUGCGGAACCGUGACAUCAGGGAGGCUCUGGCCAGACUCCUCCAGGCCCCUGGCCCCUCCUGAGCACCAGCUGCAGGAGGAAGAACUUCUGGAUCCCUCCCCUCUCAUCUGCUCAGUCACUGGCCCACCACCAGGCAGGCCAUGGCUCCCUCCCGCCAGCGCAGGGGCAACCUCCUCUCUUCCCCACCUCACCUCACCUGGGAAGGAGCUGCCAAGAGCACAGAGUGGCCCUGAGAGCAUCUGGGCGAGCAGUGGAAAUGCCAAAGGCUCCAGCCUCUCCCAGGCAGCAUCAGCACCAGACCCGGGGACAGCUCCUCAGCUCCCAGCAGCGCCCUCAGCCCAGGAAGAACUUGGUCUCAAGCUCAUAGGAGGGUCCCUCUGCACUGUCCCUUCCCGACCACCUGGGGUCUGCUCAGGUUCUGCGGUGGCCAGACCCUCUGCCUGGCCCUCCUGGGCCCUGCGUACCUUGUCCCAGAGCCCACUGGGAUGGCCUCCUUUGCCUGAGGUCCCAGCUUGUCAGAGCAGACCCUGCGACCAACCCCAGCCAGCUGGACAGUGGACUAAGGGCUCCAGGCGAGUCCAGGCAGCGCCAUUGGCCACACAUUUGCCACCUUUCCUCAGAAACAAGAAUUUUGCUUUAUCUAAAACCUGAUGGGUCUAACGAAUAGAUGGCAAACCAUUCCUGGCUUUUCUGCCUUUUCUCUCUUCUCUGGUGCUUGGGGACAGAAAUUAGGCUAAUGCAGCACUUCCCUUCUUAUUGGCCAUUGCCAUUGGUCAGGGCGAGCACUUCUCUCACUUGAUUUCAUCUUUUUUGCCCACAUUCCCAUCCCAUUCCCUUCAUCACAGCCAUCCAAGUAAUAGGUUUAGUAUAUGUCCCUGGAGACAUGCAUGCGUUAUCAAUAGAUGUGUCCUGUGCUUUGUGUGUGAGAGGUUUAAAUUCGUGUAAAUGAUUUUGCCCUGCAAAUCUUCUCUUUCUUACUAUUUUACUUUAUAUAUUUUGAGGUUAUGUCAUUAGGUACAUGAAAUUUAGAAUUAUCAUCUUGGUCAAUUUAACCUUUUAUCAUUAUGAAGUGUUGCUCUUUGUGUCCAGUAAUGCUUUUUGCCAUAAUCUGUAAGGCUUAAAGUCUACUUUCUCUGACAAUACAGCUACAUCAGCUUCCCUUUUGUUAGUAUUUAUUUGCAUAAUAUAUAUUUCUAUCUGCGCUGGUUAUUCAUCUGUUGUCUCUUACCUUCUAACCACCCUUCUAUUGUCAGUUCUGUGAUGCUGGAGCUGGAACUCUGCAAACCACAUUUCUGCUUUGCCAGCUGCUCCCUGUUUCUGUUGAGAAGUCAGCUGUUUGUUUUAUUUUUACUCUUUUUAGAUAAUUGCAUUUCCCACACUUCUGGAAGCUUUUAACAUUUUCUUCUUGUGUUUGGUUUCCAGGGUAUGUUUCUCUUUGGGUUUGUCAUACUUGGAGUCUGUAAUGCUUCUAGAAUUCAUGACUCGCUCCCUCUCAUCAGUUUUUGAAAAUUACCACCAUUGUUUCCGUAAAGACUGCAUCUGCCUCAUUCUUUCUCUCCUCUCCUUUUGGUUCCAAUAGUACGUGGAUGUCAAGAUCUUUUUGUAGUGUCCCCUCUGCCUUCUAUUAGCCUGUUCUGUGUGCUGUAUGAUUUUUUUCCUCUCUGUGCUUUCUUCUGGAUAUUUUCUUCUGAUCUUCCAGGUUACGAAUUCUCUCUAGUCAUAUCUAAUCCGCUGUGUUCUUAAACGUAUUUUUUUUUUAGUUCUACAUUUCCUUUUGGUUCUUCUUACAGUUUCCCAUUCUCCAUCAAAAUUCUCAACUUGUUUUCUUCCUGUAGACAUGAACAAGCUCCCACAGUCUGUUGGCGAUGCACUUCUUCUCUUGUACUGGUGUCUCUGUUCCUCGCCAAGACUGGGUAGUUCACUGUGGCUUUUCCACACCAUCUUCAUAUCUGACAGGGUGAGUCCCAUGUCUUUGAUCUUCUUUUUCAAAAUUAGUUAUGCUAGACCUUUAUUUUUCCAUAUGGCUUCAGAUCCCUCGGGUUCUGUAUUAGUCCACUAGGGCUGCCAUGACUAAGUCCCCAGCCCAGGAGCUUAAACAACAGGCAUUCAUCCUCUCAUAGUCCUGGAGGCUGGAAGUCUGAGACUAGGCGUCGCAGGCUUGGUUCCUCCUGAGGCCUCUCUCCUUGGCGUGUAAAUGCCGUCUUCUCCCUGCGUCUUCACACGUUUGUCCCCGUGUGUGUCCCUGGCUCUUAUAAAGACACCAGUCAGACUGGAUUAGGGCGCACCCCAAUGACUUCAUUUUACCCUAAUUUCCUUGGUAAAGACCCCAUCUCCAAAUACAGCCACAUCCUGAGGUCCUGGGGGUCAGGACUUCAACAUAUCAAUGAGGAGGAGGGAAAUACAAUUCACAAUUCAGCCUAGAGCAGGUUCCUUUAAAACUUCCGCAGACAUUUUUAUUGGAAUUUUUUUGAAUUUAUGGGAUAAUUUGUGGAGAAUUUUCACACAAAAUUGUCACCUUCACAAUAUUAAGUUCCCAAUACAAGUACUACCCUUGUUUACUCCUCCGUUUAUGCAGCUUCAUGUUCUUUAAUAAUUUUUUUGCCAUAGAGAUCUUUUGCAUUGUGGAAGGUUACUUAUAGUGUUGGUUGCUACUGUGAAUGGCAUUUUAGUAUAUGUUUUCUAGCUAUUUCUUGUUCGGGUACAGAAAUUUUAUUUUAUCAAGUCUAAGAUACACAUGUGGCUGCAAGUCAGAGCCUCCAGGUAGCAGUCGCUACACAAACAGGGGAAGAGUCAGGCAGUGGCGGUGCAGGGGCCGUGGAGCAGCCUAGUGGUGAGUCUGGCCUGGAUCUUCCCUUCUUCCACCCACUCAGCCUGCAUAUUCAGCACCCUGCAGUCUUCACAGGGCAGCGGCAACUCCUGGCACUGAGUCCACAGCCUAGGAGAAGAUCACGCACGUUCUGCGUAGCCCUCUUUUUCAGGAGCUAAACCUCUCCCAAGCACCCUCUCUGUAUCCCCCCGCUUUGGGUGGCAGGUGAGAAGUCAGUGUCAAGUGCUGAGCGUCUGUGGGCAGGCAUGACUGUCAGGGCCGCCAGUCUGCAGAGUCUGCCACUCUUCGAUGCAGCAUUUUCUUCCUCUUAGCCGUUCUGCCAAUAUCUUGUUAACAGAAGCAGUGAGAGCAGGCCAUCCUUUCUUGUUCAUAUUUUUGAAGGGAGUACAUCUAAAGGCUUUCCAUUAAGUAUAACAUUGUCUGAGGCUUUUUAAAAUAUGGCCUUUAUCAAGUUAAAAAUUCACUUCUGGGGCUUGCCCUGUGGCCAAGUGGUUAAAGUUUGCAUGCUCCACUUCGGCGGCCCGGGGUUUCAACAGUUCAGAUCCCAGG